UGUGUCUCGCUUUGUCGAGCAAUGGAUGAAAGAUUUUUUAAAUCUCUAAAUACAAGUUAAGGAACAAAGCGAUUACUUUUCAGUUCUUUCAGGUGUGUGUAUUUCAUUAAAUCUUUUUAAUCGGAAAUGUUCCUCUUCUCCAUACAGUUAUUGCGUUUUAUGAGUAGCAAACCACCAAGUGUGUUCGUAUUAACGUAAGUUUACUUACUGCCACGUGAUCUUGAUAAAGUCAAGCUAUGAUAAAGACACAAAGACACGAUGAACAAAAGUGUUGCAGACCACAGCAAACAAUAACCGUGUCAUUACUCCGAAAUCUGUUCCUCUAGUUCUCGAUGCUAAACAUACAGUCAUAUUCAGUGAAGCCAUUCUCUCACCAGUUCAUCAGUAAAUACUGUGAGGAAUUCAGACUAGCGGGAAGCUGACCCACUGUUGUAAUGAUGGAGCGUGUUAAAGAGGAGAGUGAAGACACAACGAGAGAUGAGGACACUGAGGAAAAAAGAGACCGGUUGGAAGUAAAACAAGAAGAUCAAGAAGAAAAUGAAAUGGACGAUGAACAUCAGUACUACAAUUUCAAUACCGAAGAAAAUACGUUCAGGUCCUUACAAACUGAGGAGAAUUCUUCUCAAGGAAAAGCAGAAGACAGAAAUUCUUUUGAAUGUCAUUUUUGUGGUAAGACUCUCUCUCAGAAAAAGUACCUGACAAAUCACAUAAGGCUUCACACAGGUGAGAAGCCCUUCACGUGCACUCAGUGUGGAAAGAGUUUCGUCAAUAAAAACACUCUUAGUGUUCACAUAAAGACUCACGCUAGUGAAAGGCCUUACACUUGUUCUCAUUGUGUGAAGAGUUUCAUAUCAAAAACACAUCUAAAGAGUCACAUGCGAGUUCACACGAGAGAAAAACCUUUCACGUGCCCUCAAUGUGAUAAAAGUUUUACACAACGAGCAAGCCUUAAGAAUCACAUACGAAUACAUACAGGUGAGAGGCCUUUCUCGUGCCAUCUGUGUGAUACUAGUUACACACACGCACAAAGUCUCGUACACCAUCUGAAGAUUCACACGAAAGAAAGGCCGUUUAGCUGUGAUCAGUGCAGGAAAACGUUUGUUUUGGCAGCAACGCUGAAGGUACAUCAGAAGACUCAUACGGCCGAGAAGCUGUAUUCGUGUUCUACUUGUGGAAAGAGUUGUCUGUUACUUCACAAUUUAAAAAGUCAUAUGAAGAGACAUAUCGGUGCAAACGGCAACGUGUGCUCUGUGUGUGGAAAAUCCUUUCUGAAAGCCAGAGAACUGGAUUGGCACAAAAAGAUCCAUACUGGAGAAAACCCCUAAAAGUGCUCACAUGGUGGAAAAGGUUUUAUUGGGUUCGGGAAACACAACUGAUGUCAAGUGACAAAACUACUUAAAUGUCCUAAUUUAACUAAGACCUACACUGUAAAACUUUGCUGUAAUUUCGCAGCAAGAUUGCCAGUAAUUUACUCUAGAUUUAAUGUACAAUUUUGUUUUAAGCAUAAAUUUACCUAGUUUAUAUAUUUUCCUUUCAUAAAACAAGACUAAAUAUCUUGGGUCACUUUUCUUGUUAUGUAAAUGUAUCGUAAUUUAAGAAGUUUUCAAUCUUUUUACAGAAAACAGGAGAAAAAUGCUUAGGAAGAAUGUCAUUUUUUGCAGUGUUGCUGUGCUAAUGCCAGUCUCUUCUUGCUCAUUUUGAAUCUCAAAAGUCAAAGUGUUUUGAUGUUGAUUAAAGUAAUGGAAAACAGCACUAAUUGGAAAGUAUAUUAAGUAGUAAUUAAAUCUACAGUAAGUUACUGGCAAACCUGCUGCAAAAACUACAGCAAAGUUUAACAGUGUAGACCUGGAUUCAGCUAAUCCCUGUCCGGGAAACCACCCCACAGUGUUUCACCUUUUUUUUCAUUCUCAUGCGUCUGCUUAAAAUGUACAUUUACAUAUGUUAAUUGCUUAUAUUUCAGUCAAUUUUUUAUUUUAAAUAUAUUAUUAUAUAUUUCAUUCUAUAUUUUAGCCUUUACUUAGCACCUUGUUUUAAUUUCACUUUAAUGGUUGUACUUAUUCUAUGUCUUUGGUUUUAUGUUUAAUGCUUCGGCAAAAUUGUAAGAACACCCAAUCAUGCCAAUAAAGAACCUUUACAUUUAAAUUGAUUGUGUAAACUUCAGCCUUCAGGUCCAAGCAUGUGGUGUGAAAUGCUGAUAAACCUGAUACAUUUUGUCAUUAUUAAUUUACUGUCUUGUGCACAUGUUUUUUCGGAAUGUGCAGAUGGUAUAAUCUGAAAAAAUGUUGGGUUAUUUCAACCCAUGACUGGAUCAAAAAAGGACUAACCCAGCCAUUUUAGCCCAAAUCCCUGGGUUGUUUUAGCACAUGGUUGGAUCAAAUCGAAAAAUUUCUGAGUAAUUUUAACACAGCGGUUGGAGUUAUCCUUUUUUUUAUCCAACCAUGGUUUGAAAAUGCAUUUUCAGAGUAUUUAGGUAUUUUAUAAUAUUGAAAAAUAUGGUUCUGGACUAAAAUAAUUGUAUAAAUAAUACAAUAAAUAAAAAUAUAUA